GGUGCCAAGUGGCGGAGGGCCAUGGUUUUAGGGUGUCAGACGAAAGGACAGGUCACCGCUAUGAGCAGGAGGACAAUGCUUCACGCGGCAGUGAUGCGGUAUCUUUCCAACGUCACAAGCGGUGCCAGUUCUCCAUCGCCCUCUUCUAUCUCCGGUAGUUUUCGCAAGAGCUCGAGAUCAUUGGCUCCAAGUUUCGGGCUUCCGGGUUCCAGUCCACGGGUGUUGGGUGCCAGCUCUGGAUUGUCUAUUGUCAGUCCUUGGAGUUUUGGAUUACUGGGCAUUGAGCAGCGGAGGCAUUUUGCGGCUUCUUCAGCUCCCGACACUCCUGCUGCCAGUGAUCCCGAGGUUCCGGCGAGUGUGAUCAGUAGUACCAGCAAAGAGUUGUGGGAAAGCGUCAAGGAGAUGAGCGCUGAGGCGUCCAACUACACAAAGCAGACGGUGAUCCCCAGCUUGCAGCAGUGGCUGGAUCCAACGUCUCCCUACACAAUGCAAGGCUUGAUUCCUACCACCCUCGCGCUCGCCUCGUGCGCAGCGGCAUGGCUUGUGCUCCCGAGAGUUCUUCGUCGGCUCCACAAGUACGUGGAGGAAGGGCCUACGACUAGUUUGCUUGGAAAGUCGGAGAAACACCCGUACGAGAUGAGUAUGUGGGCAGCACUGGAAGAUCCAACGCGCCUUUUCCUCACGCUCGUAGCCUUCUCUCAGCUGGGAGCACUGGUCGCACCGACCACCGUCGUAUCCCAUUUGGAACUGGCGUGGCGAGGAGGACUAUUGCUCAGCGGGCUGUGGUUCCUCCACAGAUGGAAGAGUGUAUUUUUCUCUCGCCUCCUCGUCGGAAAGGCGUCUAGCAAGGAGGAGCUCGAGCGUUAUCUGGUCUUGGACAAGGUUUCAUCGAUUGGUAUAAUUGUGCUGGGAGCCAUGGCUCUGGCUGAGGCAUCUGGCGUUCCCCUCCAAUCUGUUCUGACCGUCGGAGGGAUUGGAGGUAUAGCAACAGCAUUCGCAGCCCGUGACGUUCUUGGAAAUGCACUGAGUGGUAUAAUUCUCCAGUUCAUCAAGCCAUUCUCCGUGGGGGAUUAUAUCACCGCUGGAAACAUCGACGGACAGAUCGUCAAAAUGGGACUCCAUUCGACAACGCUGUUGAACACAGACAAGAUUCCCAUGAUGGUUCCAAACUCGUUCUUCUCCAGCCAGGUGAUUGUCAACAAGUCUCGCUGUCCAAAGCAGGCAAUUAAGUCGCGGAUUUACAUCCGGUGCUCGGACAUCGACAAGGUUCCCGUGAUCACAGACGAGGUCGUAGAGCUCCUCAAGACUCAUCCCAAGAUCUUGUCCGAACAGGAUAGCCCUCUUUGCUACCUCUCCAAGACGGCCCCGACUCAUCUCGAGCUCACAUUCUCUUGCGACAUCCAAUCUUUGAACAAACGCGAAGUGUUGGCCCUGGAGCAGGAACUUCUGGUGAGAGCAGCAGAGGUGGUCCGAAAAUCUGGUGCCGCUCUUGGAGCUCCCGCUUAAAAAGCUUCUUCCACCCGAAUCAAUGCCUCAUAUUCCUGCUGCUCGUUUUGGUUUUCACCAUCGAUUUGAUGGAUUGUAAGUACAAACGUUUGAAGGUUUUGUUUGCUCCAUGGUCAAAGAUGAAACAGCUCCUUGUCACGCGAUGUUCUUCCUGUUUGAAACAAUAUAGGAGUCCCUCCU